AUGAGUAUUCCUGUUGGUUACCAGUCUCAACAACACACUUCGCAGCAAACAGUAAGACCUAUGGGGCACAGUCUUCAGACCACUGCACAAGGCCAUCAUCCUCUGCUUUCACGUCUCGAAACACUCAUCCAGACAAUCGGUGAUGCCGGCCAACGAGAUGAUCUUAAAUUGAAAGCUUUACAGGAAAUAAGCAACAGUUUUGAAGAAAUGGCAACUACAUCUGCUUUUCAGAUAGUGCAGGAAAAUCUGUUACGCACAUUUUUGAAAAUUUUUCAAGACACUGUGCCUCAAUUUAUCGGAGAAAAUAACACACAGCAGUUACGAAAGUUGAUACUUGAACUGAUACUACGCAUGAAUUGCAAUGAAAUCGUUAAACAGUACGCAAAACUUAUCCUUACUCAGCUUACAAAAGUGAUUCAAGUUGAGAAUGAGGAAAAUGCUAUUAUUGCUAUCAAAAUUAUCAGUGAGCAUCAACGUGCAUUUAGGGCUGUUUUUACACCAGAGAUCCCGAUCAUCAUCAAUCAUUUUAAAGCAGUGUAUCGUGAUAUGCCGCAGCAUAUCACUGGUGGACGUAUGUUUGAGCAGCGAAACCUUCGACAUUGCGGAAUGGAAGAUAGUGUAAUUGAAUCUUCACUUCAAAACUGUUAUAUGCCAACAAUUGUCUACCUUCCGGAAACUUCGGGAGACGGUACUCAGCGUGACAGCGGUUAUUCUUUGAUCCCUCGUGCUUCACAGAGUGUAAAGGUUUUGUCAGAAGUACCGAUGUUCUGUAUUAUUUUAUUUCAAAUUCAUCGUCAUCACAUUCAAAAUGAGUUAAUGGAAAUAAUCUCGCUUAUGGUGCAGUAUUGCAUGCUUUCAAUACCUCACGACCAGCAAAUUAGUAGUUCCUUUAGCACAUUAUUGGCUGACGAAUUUUAUAGUUCUCAAGUGCGAGCAUUGACAUUUUUGGGAUUCAUCUCCUCUCGUUCUACUGUGUUCAACGUGAGUGAAGUAGUUAAUAAUCAUGGAACUCAAAUAGUUCAGUCGAUAAUGCAAAUGUUGGAGCGUUGUCCGCAUGAAAAUUAUUCGAUGAGACGUGAAUUAAUUGGGACAGUAAAAAAUAUUUUUGUUACCGACCUCCAGACUAAAUUUAUCCCAGUUAUUCCGAAACUCUUUAAUGAAAAUCUUAUGUUAGGCAACGGGUUCAGUUCGAUGGAUUUCUUAAGACCAACUAUGUAUACAAUGCUAGCAGAUCUUGUUCAUCAUGUACGCGGCCAUUUGUCUUACAGUCUUCUCUGCUGCUCAGUUUAUGCAUUCACAAAAAGUAUGUUUGAUCCAGCAAUACAACCUACGGUGCAAUCGAUGUGUAUCAAGCUAAUGAUGAAUCUUAUUGAAUCAUUUGUUGUUACGGAGAAAAAUCACCCGGACCAACCGUGUCGUGAUAUACUGUUUUGUUUGUUGGAAAAUUAUGUGCGGAAACUUAAAUGGUUGGCACGAUACCAAGUACCGAUAAUAUUAGAAAAAAAUGAGAGUAAUAUUAUGAAUACACCUUUACUUUAUCCUGACAGAAGUGUCAGCACUUCCCAGUCAUUACGCAGUGAUUUUUCUUUUGCAAAUGGCAAAAGCAAAAUGGAUGAGAUGCUCUCCCACAGUAAAAUGAUUAAAGAAGAUCCAACAUCACCACUGUCUUCAGAAAGUGACUUUGACUUCAGUACUUGGGGUAAUGAAAAUGAUAAAGACGAUGACUUACCGUCUUGCUCUCUUCCGUUAUCUACGAAGAUAGGCAAGACCUCGACACCUGAGGAGAUAUUUAACCAGUACUGGGUUACUGGUAUUCCAUCUUACAGUUUGGUUGAAUGUAGGAACAUGAUACGAGUGCUUGUUCAAGCCUGUAAACAUGCCGUACACGCUUUGAAGGAUACUCAUGCUACAAAUCAUGCGAUAUCGCCAGAUCACGAAGCAAAAAUAAUUGAGCAGCUCUUCCGUUACGGUUUGCGGUGCCUCGAUAUAUAUGUGAUCUGUCCGAUGUCAAGUCAAGUUCCAUCGACACAGCAAAGAUUUUCAAAUGGAGUACGCACAAAAGAGGAGAAGGAAGUUUUGGAGCUCUUUGGUUCUAUUUUUACAUUACUGAAUCCAUCAAUUUUCAAAGAAAUCAUAUCAAAACGUAUUGAUUAUUUCAUCGAAAGACUGGCUUCAAAUUACGGACUUCAAAUCAUAUGCAGUUCAUUACUGGUUAAUUCUCUGACGUCAGCCAAUUUUGGCGAUAUAUUAAUCCGAUUCCUUAUGAAAAAAUUACCAGAUUUGGCUGAAUGUUCGGAAAGGUCUUUUCUUUGGUUGAAGCUGUUCAAAAUUGUAUUCUCCUCGGUUGGUUCGCAACCUUCAGGAUGUGCAGAGAAUGAACGAAUGCUUCGACCAUAUCUGCAUGAUCUGGUUCUUCAUUCAAUGAAACUGGCACUUCGAGCCCGAGAACCAAUUAAUUAUUUUCUUCUGCUUAGAGCACUUUUCCGUUCAAUUGGCGGUGGAAGCUAUGACUUGCUUUAUCAGACAUUUCUGCCCCUUCUGCCAACACUUCUGCACCAGCUAAAUCGUCUUCAGUCUAGUACUCAUCGGGCUCAAAUGCGUGAAUUGUUUAUUGAAUUAUGUUUAACCGUACCUGUAAGAUUGUCAUCACUACUACCUUAUCUACCUUUGUUGAUGGAUCCGUUAGUGUGCGCUCUGAAUGGAAGUAGUAGUCUUAUUCAGCAGGGAUUACGAACUUUGGAAUUAUGUGUUGACAAUUUACAACCUGAUUACCUCUACGAACAUAUGGCACCAGUUCGAGCUGAACUAAUACGUGGUUUAUGGCAGUGCAUGUCAAGUCAGGAAAAGAACGCACCACAAAUUGCGUUUAGGAUUUUGGGAAAAUUUGGUGCAUCGAAUCGGAAAAUGUUGAUGGAUCCUCAAAACUUGGUGUUUAAAGAGGAGCAUUCGUUCGAAUCGCCAGCAUUUCAGUUGAUUUUUGAACGGGCUUCAUCGCAUGCUGAAUUCAAUGAAACAUUACCGGAUGAAACCCAAAGUAGUAGCAAAAGUCCUCCUUUCUUCUGUGAACUGAAUGUUUCGGAAGUGGUGAAAGAAUCGGUUAGGCACUUGCGUUCACCAUUUGUAAUUGAUGCAUCUUUCAUUAUGGCAACUGCACAAACAAUUCCGGGCGGGAUACGGAUUUCAUCUCUGACUAUGCGACGUCAUGCAUUUCGUAUAAUCAAAGGAGUGAUUUUGAGCGUUUUGGCACCUACAAAACGUGGAAUUUUAAAAAACCCUUUCUUUAAGAAGCAUUUUACGAUCAAAUUAAUGGAUUUACGUGCAAAAGAAGAGAGCAAUUUUCAUUUAGAUUAUCAAUGCACUAGUCGAUAUUCACGGUCUCUUUACCUUGAUGUUUUACUCGGACUGUUUUAUGCAACAGCUGCAGUACUGCAAGAAGCAACCAGUAAUGUUAUGGAUUUUUUCUGCAUGGUUAUACGGCAUAUAACGAUUCAGAUUAUUUUUGGACAAUGCCGAGAGAGAACCGAUAGUACAGUGGAUCAGGCUUCAGAUUCUAUGGAUUAUACUGUGCUGAUUGAUAGUGUAUUGCUUGCUCUAACCGAUCCAUGUAAAGAAGUGUGCCAAACUGGCCUUAUGGCACUAAAACUGAUCUGUGAGACAACAGUAGCUUUGUUUGGUAGUAUCAGCAAAGCAACCAACACUGCAUUUUUUCAACAGAUUUUGGAACGGGCAACUAAUCUUUGUUACAACGAGCCAUGGUGCAUUCGUCUUGGUGGUUGUCUAAGCAUUAAAUUUAUUUUGAUAAACUUUCCUUCAGCUUUCGUUAUUAACAAUAUUGAUACCAUCCUUUGCGCUUUAUUUGAGGUCAUCGUUGGACUUAUGGAGGAUGUUUCAAGUUCAGCUGUUGAUGUUGCAGUCGCUACAUUGGAUUUAUUGUUGAAAAUCUGUUUCGAACAGUCAUCAGUUCAUGAGAGGAAAAAGGAAGCUAUUGAAUGUGUGGUUGGGCGAAUUAUUGAAAAUCUUUUGAGCCCUUCACAAGUUGUUACCAAACAGUGUCAGAAAAUGCUUACAAUAUUGGCAAACUAUACGGGACUUACACAGUGCGAGUUGCUUGCACUGCAAAAUGAGUCGUUAAGAAAAUUCUUAGAAAAUGGAAUGACAGAUUACAGAAGAAUGUCUCUAGAUCAGCAAAUUGCCUUCGAGGAUGCUUUUGUUUUCAUUUUUUCCAUUCAACCAGUACCACAGGAAUUUAUACUGGACAAAUUUCCGGAAACUGAUUACGUUUCUCGACUUCUAUCUAUUUGCAAUGCUACUGGAAAAGAAAUAAGAAACAGGCCAAAUUAUAAGCCAUCAACGAGAUUUCUCGCUGUCAUGCAUCGCUCGCAAUUCAGUUCACGCGUCAUCGCUUUACGAAAGUCAACUAUAAGAGCAUUGGUAUCAUGUUGUAUUGCAUCUUGUGGAGAAUUGAAGCAGGCAAUGGAUCAUGACCCACUGUUUCCACAUCACAAACAAAUAUUUGAGGCGGUUUUAAAAUGCCUUAUGGAAGAAAAUGAAGAGAUUCAGGAUGCUGCAUUCAGCGCAUUAAAAAACGCAUUGAAUUUAGAUCGAUUGCGAUCACAUGUACUUAAAAUGGAUAUCGGAUCGAUGAUUACUAGCUUAUCUCAAUCAGAUAAUCGCUUAGAAAAACACAUCGUUCUGCGUCUGCUUUAUCUCCUACGAUUAUUUCCGGAUACAUUUCCAGGAUCAUUUUGUAACGAAUUGUUGAAUGCUUUUCGGAAAUUUCCGGAUCCUAACCAAAAUAAUGUUUUGGCUAGCGAUGUUAAAAUAGGAAGAAUACUACUGGAGAUUUUGGCUGAAUUUCCGCUUGCUGACUCCAGUUUUGUGCAUUUGAUUAUAUCACAUGUUCGCAAAUGGGAAGCAACUGUCUCGUUUGAGAACAGCACAAGUUGGCGAUACCCACUAAUGAAAUAUUUGACGCGAUUUCCACUAGAAACUCUCCGUUUCUUUCUUAUAGGCAACAACAUCUGUGACCAAAGGAAUCGUGAAUUAUUUAAGUAUGUGGUGAAGCAUGAAGAAGCAGUAGCAAUUCAGCAGAAACUAAUGGAAGAUAAUAGUUUUUUGCUCCGAUUAUUGCAAGGAGAGGCUAUGGAUGAAGCUAGCAAUUGGAUAAAGUGUGAUUUGUCGAUCUAUGAUAUGGAAAUGUUAGCUAUGAAACUGAUUGUCAGCAUUGGGAAACGUCAUUCAAAAUGGGCUGGAAAUGGUGCUGGUGAAAUUGUCAAAGUUAUACAGUCACUGUGGAACGACAAAGAUUUCCGCACUCGGUACACGUGCAAGGACUAUUUGGAGGGACCACGUUAUGACGUCCCCAAACUAGCAGCUCUAAUCAUGUUGCGUUAUUUCAAAGCCAACAUCGAUCGUAUUGAUAUCCUCUUCGACCUUUGCCAUGUGUUUACAAAUAAUUACAUCGGUGAUUUCACCUUUGUAAGAUUGUUUAUCGAAAAAGAAGUUAUUCCGAAGUAUCCCAUUGAAUGGCGGCAAAAUGCAUUGAAGAGAAUAGUUGCUAUGUUUGAAAAAGAUUCGGCUACAGCGCACGAUUUAAAUGUUGUUAAAAUGCUUCAAUAUAUUGUCAUCCCUUCACUACAUUAUGCGUUCGAGCGUUACGAUGUUGAUGUGGUAGUUGGUACACCAGCCAAGCCAGAUGAUGUAGAUGACAAGAAUCUGAUUUCAUUAGUCUGCCAAAAAAUACUCGAUCGAAAUAGAUUUCAUAUAAGUGAUGCAAUGCUUAUUCAGCUGUUCCAUCUGGGAUGCCUGUUUGUCAGCAACUGUCCAACUCACAUACAUGACUUCUCACAAAAAGACUGCAGGAAGCAGGGCAAUCGUCUGCGCAUUUUAAUGCUUUUGGGUUGGCCAUGUUUAUCGUCGACACCGCAAGAUCAAACAAUGAAAUACAUGGGUCAUUUGUUAAUUGCUAAUAUUAUCAAUCAGUUUAAUAUUAAUCGAAAAAUCGUUUUGCAGGUUUUUUUAAGUCUGCUGAAAGCAACCUUGAGCGAUCCAAAAGACAUUAUUAAGCGCUCACUUGAUAUAUUAACUCCAUCAGUGCCAUUGCGCAUGGAUGAUGGUCAUAAACAGCUAAUGACCAUUGUUAAGAAAACUAUCAUUGAAGAGGGUCAUAAUGUCUCACAAAUUUAUCAUUGUUUAUCAAUGAUAGUUCGUCAUUACAAGAUCUACUACAAUGUACGUCACCAAAUGCUACAAGUUAUAUUGAACGGACUUCAGCGUCUGAUGCUAGCACAAGGCACUCUGGAAAAUCGACGAACUGCAAUUGAUGUAUGCGAAAUGGUCAUCAAAUGGGAGCAGUGGCGACUUAAGCAAACAGAAGAAUUGGAAAAGGGAUUAGAAACUAGUAAACAUCCACAAAUUGAGACAACAGAAAGUCUUUCAGGACAUCAGCAAUCCUCAUCCUCUAGUUUAUCUCAAGUGCAAAAUAAGGACAUAGAAAAUAUACAUCGACCAAUCGAGAAAGUACACGUUGACCAUGUUGUUAAUAUGCUUGUGAAAUUAUCAUCGGCAGUACCUGAUGCGAAUCUUGCGCAGAAUCCAACUCAGCAUGCUGUAGCAAUGGAACAGUUAUGCAAACGAUGCUUAGGCCUAUUGCGUGCUUGUCUGAAAAGCAGUCUUUGGGGACUUACGGCUAAUCUCAGACUCUCUUGGUUGGAGAAGCAGUUAACAGUCGCUGCAGAAGCUGUAACUCAACAAUUUCGAGAGCAGACCACAGUUGCUCAUCAUUUCUCACAGUUGCACACAUCACUAGAUAUUAUUACACAUCUUGUCGUUAUUUUGCCACAAGAAGUUAUUGUUGCAAAUGUGAAAAUGUUACAGCGCGGAAUUGUUGCCUGUCUAAGUUGCCAAGACAACGCUGUAAUGCGUAGUCUUUGUCAGCUUAUUUCCAAAUUAUUCGAGAAAACAAAGUGCUCACCGGAAGGAUUAGAUGAACUGGAAACGAUUAACCAAUUUGUUACAAAAUUCAUUAACGACACUUUCACCAAUUAUGAGAAAGGACAAAGUCAGCCAAUGACUGGUGUGUUUGCAACAAUACAUUUGUUGCGUACUAUAUGCGUUAUUCAACCAGCUUAUGUGGAUACAAUGUGUUUGAGUUCAUUUACAAAAGCUGUCCAAAAGCUUGUUCGCGAACACAUUUCUUCAUGUACUGAGAAUAAAGGCCAUGCGUUGACCGAGUUAAUAAUUUUUUCACUAGAACUUCUUCGACCUCGUAUUCACGCAAUACCCCCCGAAGCACGGCGCAAUAUUGGGCAGUGCAUUUUAACACCACUUAUAGACAAAACUCCAUUCGAUCGUGUUCUUGAUGUUGUUAUUCGUGUUGUUGAUAUUAUGGUGCGUAAUGGCGAUGAGCGGCAGCUGAAUCAAGGCGUUCCUCUUUUAAUAAGGCUGGUGCAAACAAUGGAAGCUCAUAAACGUCAUGAAAAAUCAGGAGACUUACUGAAGACACUACUUGAAACAGUUCUUUACGUUUUCGAAACUGCACAUUUGCGAACAAAUGAAACAUUAGCAAAACUUAAUAGUGCUUUUCAUUGGGGACUUUGUGCUCAGGAUGAGUCAUUACGUUCUCGAUUUUUCAAGUUAUUCGAUGCUCAAAUACCGAAAAAUAUUUGUGACCGUUUAUAUCAUAUAAUUACAUCACAGAAUUGGGCUGACAUGCAACAACACUUUUGGAUCAAGCAUUGUGUUAGUCUUUUGUUGUCAUUAAUAAUGGACGAACAGAAACAUAAGAGCUGCACGCAGCAAACACCAUUACUGAAUUGCUGCACGUUAUGGCAUACAUUUGAAAAAAUACUCGAUCUAGAAACAUUAUACCAAGAUCAUCCUGAAGCAUGCGAUGAUGAUGAUUUCGUGUCGCGGACAGUGGAUACAACAGAAAACAAACGAGAUGAUUUUAUGGAGAAUUCUGCGACUCAAACACUAACAGAAGUAACCAUACCGAUUUGUAGUACAACAAGUGCACAGGAUUUACAGACUACUUUAAUUGUCGAACAGCAAGUCCAGUUGUUUGAAAUGGCUGCCAAAUUUCAGAUCACUGAUAUCCUUCCGAGUUAUUUAGAACUUGUUCAUAGUAGUAAUGACUUGGCGUCAAAGAUUUGGAUAAAAUUGUUCUCUUCAUUAUGGUCAAGUCUGCAGGAGCCCAAAAGGGCUAUCUUUAAUGCUGAAAUAAUACCAUUUCUCUCAUCUGGAUGUCAUCUCAUGCAAAGAGAUCUACCUCAUUCAGCGGUUGCUACUUUUCUAGAAGCUGUUUGUCGCUGUCAACCGCCCAUUCCAAUUCAUCCAAGUGUAUUAAUGUACAUUUCAAUGAGACAUCAUGCAUGGCACCGUGGAUUGAUGAUGCUUGAAGAAGAGGUCGAGAAAAUUCCGGCAUUUACGAACAAUCCACUAUUGCUUCAAAUCUUACAACCAACACCAACAAAUAUGCAACUGAUAACGAUGAAUAACUUGAUUCUUUUAUAUUCCAAAUUAUCUGAAUUUGACCAAUACCAAGCAGUUUGGAAGCGCCGUGCUUAUUUUGAAGAAACUUCGAAAGCUAUCGAAUAUUACAACGAAGGUGAUUUUGUACGAGCAGAAGAAAUUUUAAGGAAAUCGAUUGAAGCCGUCAAUGAACGUAUAGUUGCUCCUAGUGGUAGUAGCAAGCAAUUAGACGUAACUCCUGCGCUUGGAUUCGAAUUACGCGAAUGGCACAAAUUGUGGGCUGACUGCGAACGUGAGCUUGGUGAGUGGAAUUCUUUAUUACAGUUUGGUAAUACACCUGCUGUGUACGGUCUCGGUAUUGUUGCGGAUGCAGCUUGGCAUCUUAAUGACUGGAACUUGCUUCGAGUUACUCUUACACAGUUGGAAGGUUGCACGCAGCCAGAUUUAUACUACAAGUAUUAUCUUUACAAAGCUAUGCUCAUGAAUCACCAUCCCAUGCAAGAAGAUAGAGCUACGGAGUUAUUGCAUGUUCGAAUCAAUAGAGAAUUGGAAGCAGCAAGAGAUGAUCUAAUUAUAGAAUGGAGACGAUUACCAGACAUUGUUUCUUUAAGCCAUGUCAGCAUACUUCAGGCUACAAAUCUUGUUCAGGAGGUUCAGGAAGCCAGUGUACUCACUAAUCAUCCAGAGGUUAGUGGUCAAGUAUCACUGCCGUCGAAUCCAAUUGGCGAUGUUAAGUCGGUAGUAAAAGCAUGGAGGAGCCGGUCCUAUGCUUUAUCAGAUCCGUUAUCAUUUUGGGCUGACAUUCAUCAAUGGCGCAUCCACCAUUACAAUACUGCCAUCAGGCUUCUUCAACAGAUGGAAGGAAAUCAAUCGAGCCAUUUUCAACAGGGUUUGCUUCCAUUCUAUUCAGCUGCAAAUUCGCAGUUAAUGAUAGCGCGCGCUGCUCGAAAAGCUGGACUUAUAAAUAUUGCUAUUGAUAAACUAAGCAGGAUACAUACUUUACCAGCUUUACCAGCAAUGGACGCUUAUUUUUCGAUGAGAGAGCUUUUGAAGUGCUUGGUACAACGAUCAUCUAUGCCUAAUCUGGCAGAAGAGCAAAAACAUAGUGCACUUAUGGAAGCAUUCUCAGUUGUCCAAAAGACAACUAUUAAUACUUUCACCAAGGAAAAUAUUGCCAAACUUUAUUCCUUGCGUGGAAAGAUCUUGAUGAAACUCGAGAAAUAUGAAGAUGCAAGUCAUUCGUUUAAAACCGCAGCUUUACUGCACGAAAAUGUUGCUGGUGGAAAUUCUGUGUGGUUACAUUGGGCUGACUUCCUUGAAAGCCGAUUGGAUAUUGAAAACACAGAAGAGGCCGCACUGAGUGCAGGGAUAGAAGCUUUGAUUGGAAUAAUGGAAGGUGCUAGAAUGGAAAAUGAAUUGCGAGCACGAAAAUAUAUUGCACGAUUAUUGUGGCUUAUGAAGAAAUUAUCAGUUUAUGGGAAUGUAACUGAAAAAGAAGUGGACGCUAAGUUGGAAAAACAUGGUAUUGGUAUACCUGCAAGCAACUGGUUACCUUGGUUACCGCAGUUGGUUGCUGAAUUACAACUUCGUCCGUCUGUAGCCAUAGCGCGUAUCAUCUCACAUGUUGGAGAAUCGAACGAACAGCAAGUUUUUUAUGCUAUUGCUGCUUCACAACCACUUGACUUUAUUCUUGAAAAUGUUUCUGCAGCUUUUGACCCUUUGAAGAGUGAUAAAGGUAAUCCUGUUACUUCGCAAGAAUUGUUUCGUGAUAUAAUUAGAAACUUAUGUCAGAAUCGACCUGUUGAAAUAUCAUCUCUUUGUCGCCUACUAUUCGAACUAAAUAGUGUGAAAGAGCAUUGGUUGGAAUACACGCUGCAUAAAGUGAAUGACUUGAAAAAUCGAUUGUUCGGGUUUGCCCAUAGGAAUCUCGAAUCUUUAGCAUCUCACCCGAUUCCCGAAGAUUUUCUUACGGAAAUCAGAAACUGGCGAUGUUCAUUGCAGGAUUUUACUGGAUUUAAAGAAAUCAGUGAGGACAUAAAAAAAUGUGCGCAAGACCUUGAAUCUGAUUUCGAUAUCCAAAAAGGAAAGAGUGACAAGUUGACAGAUUUACUGAGUAUAGCUGUGAAAUGGUCAUUACUGUUAGCCGCAAAAUUCGAUAAAUUGCCUAGUAAAAAGUUGGUACGAAACGUUAGUCAGAUUCUAGCAUCUUAUUCAUCUAAAGUUGCAAAUGUUGAAAUUUUCAGUGGACAUUAUGUAGCAAAGAACAAGGAAUUUUCGUCAAUCAUCUAUCGUUUCAUGCCCUAUUACUUCGUCAUACGGAGAGCUGAUGUCAUUACACGCCGUAUUUCCGUUCGUGCACUGAGUGGAAGAGUGUACUGCUAUUACUUAACUAAACACUAUGAUACAAAUAGGGAUGCUUCUGGGAUACAUCAGCUUUUUGCUUUGAUCAAUCAUUUUCUGACGAAGGAAAAGGAAACAUGUCGGCGUUUCCUACAAUUAGCAGUACCUCAUUUCGCAUACAUUGGUGGCAUGUCAUUGUUGGAAUGCACUAAUAAAAUUAAUUGCCUUUAUACAUUUGAAGAAAUUUUAAAUGCAAUUUUAAAAAACAAAAUCGAUACAUCUUCUUCAGCUAAACUGAUCGAGAGAUUUUUUGGUCGUACUACGAAAUCCACCAAUAUUACGGAUCAGCUUUUGCUUGAUGAGUUUCGUCAUAUAACUUCAGGAAGCAUAUUACCGAUUGAUUCACUUUCGAAAUGGAUCAUCCCUCGUUAUGAGGAUCCUACUCACUAUUACACUCUUCGAAAGCAGGUCGCAUUAAACAUGUCCGUUCUUUCCAUUUGUGAAUAUAUUCUUCAUCUUAAUCCGGCAACAGUGAGUGGCCUUUGUCUGAAUACAAGGACGGGACAAGCAAUGAAUGUCGAUUAUCUAUUUGGAUUAAAUCAAACUUUGGAACUUGAAGUUGAUCGAAUAGUACCGUACCGGAUGUCACCAAAUUUGCAUAAGUUUCUGGGUCUCUCUGUCGAAGGUCACUAUAACUGUUCAAUAGUUGCAACAGUUCGAUGUUUAUAUGCACGGAAGAUUGUUACCUACGCUCAGCUUUUUCUAUGGGAUGCUUUGUCACGACAGAAAAAGUUGCCUGUGGCAGAAAUUUUUAAGCUAGCACGAAGUGCUGGCAAAUUAUUGGAAAGCAGAUUAAAUGAUUUGUAUAAAAAAGAAAGCUUAGCUGAAUAUGUUGCUCAGUUAACUCAAACGGCACGCAAAGACGAAAAUUUAGCACGUUUAGACCCACGUUUGCAUCCCUGGUUCUGA